CACAGACUGAAUGAUUCCCUCCCUUUCAGACAUGCGUUUAUCAGGACCAUCUCAGAGCCUGGCAGAAGAAUUUGCUGAAGCUGCGGGGCAGCUUAAAAAAGAGAUCCCCAAUGUCAGAUUUGGAAAAGUUGAUGUCUCAGACCAGAAAGAUCUGAAGAAAGAAUUCAACAUCCAAGAAUUUCCAACUGUGAAAUUUUUUGUGGAUGGCGACAGGAAAAAUCCCAUUGAUUGUAAAGGAGUCAGAGAGGCCUCAGCUUUUAUCACGUGGGUGAAAAGAAGACUAGGACCCAGCACCGUGCACAUCAACAGCACCGAUCAGACUGAAGCAAUUAUAGAGUCUGAGGAGUUGGCAGUGAUUGGCUUUUUUAAGGAACUUCAUGGAGGAGCAGUGGAAAUUUUCUAUGAGACUGCAAGAGAUGUGCCGGAGCUGCCUUUUGGAGUGACAGCCACUGAAGAGGUGUUUGCUAGCUAUGGCAUCCGAAAGGACACUGCUGUUGUAUUCAAAAAGGGAAAACCGGUAUAUAGUGAAGUGUUGGAAGACGGCAAGCAGAACCAAGUGGAACUUACCAGAUUAAUCAAAACCUUUACCAUGGAUUUGGUCAUAGAGUAUAAUCUUGAGACAUCUGUGAAGAUUUUUGAUGUCCCUGUUGAAAAUCACAUCCUGCUGUUCACCCCGAAGAACUCGGAGACAUUCAACAAGACUUAUGAAAAUUAUGAGUCUGCUGCUGUGGAGUUUCGAGGAAAGAUCAUGUUCAUCUUGGUGGAUACUAACGAAACCAGAAAUGGGCGUGUUUUUGAGUAUUUUCGCAUCACUGAGGUAGAUGUCCCCGCAGUGCGGAUCUUAAACCUGACGAGUGAUGCAAGAUACAAAAUGCCUGCAGAUGAGGUGACAGUGGAGAACCUAAGAAGCUUUUGCCAGAGCUAUCUAGCUAGAAAAGCAAAGCGACAUGUGUCUAGUGAAGAGAUUCCAGAAGACUGGGACAAGAAUCCUGUCAAGGUGCUUGUAGGGAAGAAUUUCAAUCAGGUUGCCUUUAAUAAGACAAAGAACGUGUUUGUGAUGUUCUAUGCACCCUGGUCCCAUAAGUGCAGGAAACUUCUCCCAAUCUGGGAUGAGCUGGCUGAGGAGUAUGAAAAUCGCAAAGACAUAGUCAUUGCCAAAGUAGACUUCACAGCAAAUGACAUCCAGUUAAUUAUGCUGGAUCGCUAUCCCUUCUUUAGACUCUUUCCUGCUGGAUCCGAUAACCAGGUUGUGGUGUAUGCUGGGGAACAUACCCUUGAGGCAUUUGCAGAAUUCUUAGAUGAGCAAAGCAAGCCAAAAGCAGAAGCAACAGGAAAGGAUCCUUCUCAAGAAAUCAAAGAGGAUCUUACCAAGGAAGAACUCUAACUGUGCAGUGAAGGGGAAGUUUCCAUAUCAUUAAAUUCUAAGGACGAGUAUUGUCUAUACAAGAAGAAAUUUGAUU